AUGACGACAGACCAGCCUGAUACAAAUCAAUUAAGCUUUGGUCUAGAUGAUACGCAUCUUGGCAUCAAGUUGAAAUCCCAAAAACUGUUGGUUGGGCCCCUUGAGCUGGGUUUCUCGGCUUGUUACACGCUCUCUGACUCAAAAGAGGCGGGCGACAAGCAGCCUCUUGCCAGCAUAGAAAGGUUCAAGCCGUUUCUUAUCGUCAAGGAUGUUUACUUUCGGGGCAAGUUUGAGUUGGAACCACAGAGUCGCCGCCUCCAUUACAGCAAGAAGUUCCGCCUGCCCUUCCUGAACACUGAUCUGUUCAAGCUGCGGCUUACGGCACAGCUGCCGGCACCUGAGGCGGCGGGUGGCGUCCUUGGUCGCGCACUGAGCCUGACAGUGGCUUUCCAGCCAGAGCGCUCGUACAGACGUUCAGUCGUGCGCAAGGCGCCCGAUUAUGCGCUGCAGCUGUCGCCGCGGUUGGGCGCUCCACAGGUGGUUUACGACACGAUUGGCUUUCCUGGGAGCGUCUACCUGAAGGCCAACACCACUCUCCACGUGUCGGACUCGGCGGCGAUCAGCGGCCUGCGUGCACGUCUGGACGUCCACAGCCUCAACGCCGUCAUCCGGCUGUACGACCCGGCAACCGUCAAGCCCUGCCGCGUGGGGAAGAACCUGUCGUGCGCGGCACGGUCGCUGCUGCGCGAGGAAGUGGAGGAGGAAACUCCCCGGCAGAUGCCCCCCGUGGUGGUGGUGGAGCCGGCAGCACCGCCGCAGCCCGACGUGAUCGACCGGCUGUCGGCCACGGCCCGCGAGUGGGCUCACGCGGUGCUCGUCAACUCCUGCGUGGCUACAAGGAACCUGCAGGACAAGGCGAUGUUGGCGGCGGAGCGUGUCAGGGAGUACGUCACUGGUGGCGGCAGUGGCGACAUCUCCACCAGCAGCGCCGCUGCUGGCACCGGAAUCCGCGUGAGGUAG